AGAAAAAUUAAUGAAUAUUCAUGAGUGAAGCGGGGCAUUGUUGGAUACUACACACGCAUGAUUUUUUUGGAUCACACGACUGCUACUCUAAUAUUUCAGGAGAGAGUAUAUCUACCUAGCUGCUUUUGCAUUGCUCAUCGAAAGUCCCAUUAAAUGCUGUGAUAGUAUCUCAGCAGCGUAAGUGGGUAAGGUGUGGAUGGAGCCAACAGCUUCUGAGAGCACGCAGCAUAGUGUCAUCACCAGAAGUCAGUGUUCAGACCAACUGCCUGCACAUCGGCAGGCAGGAGUGUGAGAAGAAUGGUCAAGUACUUCUCUAAUGAUGUUGACAUCCGGACAACAUGGGACCUUGUCGUCUCUGCCUUCUGGCAGAGGUAUCCCAACCCAUUCAGUGGCCAUGUCCUCACGGAAGAUGUGGUGUUCCGCGAGGUGACAGCCGACCAGCGGCUCCUGUCCAGACGCCUGCUCACCAAGACCAAUCGGAUGCCUCGCUGGGCCGAGUUCCUCUUCCCUGCCAACCUAUCACGCUCCGUUUACAUCGUAGAGGACUCAAUUGUCAACCUGGUCACCAAGAGCCUCACCACGUACACCUGGAACCUCAACCACACUACGCUAAUGAGUGUGAAGGAGCGCUGCGUGUUCCAGGAGUCAGAGGGCCGUCCUUCCCUCACGCGGCUUCGGCGGGAGGCGUGGAUCUCCUCUGGAGUCUACGGCUUCUCCAGACCUAUUCAGGAGUUUGGGUUGGCCCGCUUUAAGAGCAACCAGGUGAAGGCCAUGAAGGGUCUGGAGUUCGCCCUGUCUAACCUCCAAGGCCUCCGGCUCACUGUCGCGGAGAGGCGCCACGGCGUCAGCCCUGCGUCCAAAACACAGUGAAGGCCACUACAGAGAAGGCCAAGACCAUGGCCUCUGCCAGCGCGCCGCCAAAACAACCCCAGCAGUACGUGUGACGACGGGGGGGCGGGUUCGCAAAGCGGGAGAAGGAUCUGUGGUUGUUCAUGCCGUGGUGGACUAGAGGCCACGCCCACUGCCGCUGAGGCUUUCUCUGUGUGACACGUGUCCAUGUAAAUGUCUCCUAGCUACUAUUAGCUCUGCCCCUGAGGUUAAGCUCUAUCUUAAAGUCACACGGCCUCCACCUUUUCUGUCUUAGCGUUAGCCGUCUUUCCAAACCUCAGGUUCAUACUGCCUGACUGCCACCGCGGAGGGUUGCCGACAGGCAACAAACUUAUGCUGUGAAAAGGCGCGGCACUUUAAGGUGCUCGUUUUGCAAGCUGUCCACCCCGAUAGGUUCGAGUUGUCCGCCGCAGUGAAGAAGCUCAAUGCGGCGUCGCUCAGUCAACAGUGUGAGCGCGUUUGCGUGCUCUGAUCAUGCUCACCCCUGAUGGAUGUGCAGCAUGGGGAAAGAGCCCCAUGGUUGGUGCAUAUGCCAAGGAGAAAUACAAACGCCCUAACGUGCUACAGUGCACCCCAAUGAACACAGUCUGCCUUCGUGUAGCUACAGUCUCAGGUAUUUCCUCCAGUACACCGAUUCUGUUGUAUUAUGAAUACAAAAGACAAUCUGUAUCACACGACCCUGGAUAAAUGCUAGAUUUUGAUAAAUAUCAAAUGUUUAGGUUGUGAUUAUUCUAUUGCCAUUCAGCUGCAGGGUGAGACCUCAUUUGUCAAUUAGAUCUACUAUAACUACAUUGGGGACAUGUUACAUCAUGUUAAAUUAUGGAUCAGACUUGAAGUUUACAAGGAAUAGUAUAUAUUAAAUGUUUUUAUUGUACACUAAUAAUGUAAUAGUCGAGUAUGUCUGAUAUGUCGGUCUAGUGUCUUCAUAUUAUUGCCACAUUCCUUUUAAGAUGGAACUAACUACUAUGAUUUUGAUGGAACUAAUAUUAUAAUAGUAAUAUAUUUUUAUGGAACUGUAAUUUUGAUAAAUGUGACUUUAGAUUUAGUUCCUCUGAUUCUACAACUUUCAGGCUCUCUUCUAUGAUCCAAAGAACACUGCAUUUAAUUAAAAUCAGAUUCAUAGUGUAAGUUGGAGUAGUGUUUUGUCUUGCUUGUUUACUCGUGUUAUCUUGGUUCAGGUAGUGCUGUCUUAGGCAUGGUUUCAAAGCUAUGGUUUAUGCCCGGACGUGUCCAAAACAAAUGGGGCCUAUGGAUCGGCCUUUCUAUUCAUGCAAUCUGAGACACCACUUGCCUGAUUGUUU